AUGUCUCAAGAAACCCCCAUCAUUUGCCUUUGGGAAAACAACGGCUACCCAUGUCAUAGGAUCUUCGCAACCACUGAAGGACUCGACAGUCAUCUUGCUUUCCACAUCAACGAAAAUGCCACCAAUCCUGCUCAUUGCUACUGGUCAGGUUGCUCACGAAAGACUCCCUUCAAGGCGAAGUAUCAACUCACCAUCCACGUCAAGAUUCACUCCGGCCACAAGCCCUUCAAAUGCGACUACUGCGAGAUGAGCUUCGCCCGCGCCGAGAACCUCAAGAUCCAUCGACGGAAGCACACCGGCGAAAGACCCUACGCUUGCCCUGAACCAGGAUGCAGCUCCACUUUCGCCAGCGCUACUGACCGCCGAAAGCAUCGCUUUGUUCACUCCUCGACUCCGAUGUCCUGCGAUCACUGCCACAAGACAUUCUAUCAUCCUCAAAGCCUUCGUCUUCACAUGAAGAAAGUCCACAGCGAUGAAACGACUGAGAACCCGAGCAAGCGAAAGAGAGAAGAAACUCCAGAGGAGCACGCGUUGAACUCCACGAUUUCCAGCUCAUCCGACUACUACUCAUCCAUGGCUCCGACUCCACCCCCGAGCGCGAAACGAUUCUGUCAGAUGCCAUCCAUGUUUGCGCCAGCAAUUCCGAUUCAGAUGUGGUACUCUACGAUGGGAUACGCCGAACACUUCCCAACGAACUUCAGCGAACAACAGGCUCCACCUGCUUACCCACCUACUUACUACCUUUCUUACCCUUCUGUUCCACAGCCUUCUUACCCUGCUAUGUUUCAGCCAUAUUUUCAGUGA